AUGAUGAAUACUUGGUCUUAUUUCUAUUUAAUACUAUUAAUAAAUCUUGUGUGUUCGCAAGAUGUAUAUCAAUCCAAAUUCACGUUGUCCAUACCGGGCACACUAUACGAGCCUGCCAAUAAGGAUGCGCAGUAUAUUAUAUCAGUUUUUGUCUCUUCGUUUAUGCAGUGUGCAAUACAAUGCAACUGGAAUUCUAAAUGUCGAGUAUUCGACUAUGGUGCCAUGCAGUCAAAUGAAUGUCGUCUGUUCGAAGGUGAUAUAGGUGUGUUAGGAUCAAUAGGCAUGUCAUCAACGCCAGAUUCUAAUGGUGGAUUAGUUCAGCUCGAUCCAUCUCUCUUCGCUCAAUACGGUCAAACAUGUUCCUCUGCCUGCACUGAAAGCCGAUAUCUGCAAUGCAAUAAUGGGUUUGUAUGUGAUUGUAUGCCACAUACAUAUUGGGACACAUAUUGGAAAAUGUGCCUUCCACAAAUGACAGUAGCUGGCGCAUGGUGUCAAUUUAGUGCGAAUAUGUGUCGAGAAGAUCUCAAUCUAACCUGUUCAGCGAUGGGUCAAUGCGAAGGAAUAGUUCCUGCAUCAACCACGGAUGGAGUUAAUAUUGCCGAUCAAUCAACUAUCAUAGAAGGAGAUUCAACUAAUGGUUUUGAUAAUCCAAUAGGAGUUAUUGUUUAUGGCGAGCCUGGUGAUGAAUCUCUGAUUGUUGCUGAUUCGGUAAAACAACAAAUAGUUCUUUUAAAAAACAUCAGUUCUCACCAGGCAAAGGCAUCUGUUCUAAUUCAUAAUGGAACUGACGGAACCUACUUAUCCUACCCAUCGUAUUUGUACCUUGAUAAAGAUCAUCAGUAUGAUCUGUACAUUACUGAUAAUGGAAAUAACCGUAUUCUUCUGUUAUCCUCAAUGCAAAUAACCGAUCCAUUACCACAAAACGUUGCUGGUACUUUCGGUGCGGGUGGAUUAUCGGCAAGUACUUUGUCAGCACCUAAUGGAGUAACACUUGAUAAUCAAAAUAACAUUCUUAUUGCUGAUACUUAUGGUCACCGAAUCAUGCUCUGGUCGCCAAGUGCUACGUCUGGAACUAUAAUUAUAGGUACAGGAGAUCCCGGGACUGGCUCAACAGAAUUGAAUUAUCCUACGGGUGUAUUUUUUGAUAAACAACAAUCGACAUUAUAUGUUGCCGAUAAUGGAAAUAAUCGAAUUCAGCUUCUCAACAUGACUGCCGGUGCGCCGUAUGUUGGAAUAACAGUAGCAGGAGGAAAUGGAGCUGGAACUGCAAGUAAUCAACUUAAUCAACCUUCUGGUGUCUGGGUGUCACCAACUACCGGAGCAAUCUACAUAUCUGACACAGGAAAUAAUCGUAUUCAACGAUGGAACUUCAAUGCAACUGAUGGUACGACAGUUGCCGGUGAUCCAAAUGGUGGUUCAGGUUCGACUGCUGCCAGAUUAAAUUCACCAACUGGCUUAACUAUUAAUAGCAAUGAAACAUAUUUAUAUGUCAGUGACACUGGCAAUAAACGAAUUCAACGUUUUGCCCUUACAUAA